UAGUCCAUUUCGACCCAUUCUGUGAGGGGCCAAAGGUUGAAUGAGCACAAGAAUAGAAAAGUUGAUCUUCUGCCCUUAGAGGCAGGUGGCAUUGACAAGUUCAGCAUGGAUAUACUGAUGAGACAUGCUGAGGAAAUGUGUCCGACUCCUACCUAUGAUUGUACUUGUGCUUGUUUAAGGGUACAAACAAGGCUGUGUAUGUAGUUUUUGGGUCUAUCGAUCAAGUACAGGCCAUUAGCUCUCAAUUCACAGGAGAAAAUGCAAAAAGCAAAAAAAAAAAAGGAAAGACAGAUGGAAUAGCUUACAGCAGUGGAGAAAUCGAGCUUGGGGGGGGAAAUCACAUAGAGAGAAAUGCAAUGCUAUCUUUUAUUGAUUGUAUAGGGGACCGCUGUAGUGUUGAACAGAGGAUGCUUUGGCAUCUCUUAUGCGGUUUUUCUUUGUUUGGAGUGGGAUCUACUGUCAUGUCCCAGAGCACUGGUCUUGUCGUCUUUUCCCUCCCCUUUAUGUUUUUCAUUACCCGGCCAUACUCAUUAGUCACUGACAACAUCCUGCAAGUGCUGGAGGAUCAGAAAGAGACCAGGUCAAGGAUGUGACGAGCUAGAGAAUACUCUGCUGAGACAAGAUGGGACAAAGCGGUCGAAAGACCCAAAGCAUCAGUACAAGUGGGAAUGCAACAAAACGAGGCAGCGGUGUCAGGAGUUAUAGGCAGGGGGAGAGUGACUGGCCCUAUCCAGCCCCAGCACAGUACCUCCAGUGACUGUUGCUGGUGUCCAUCUUAUGUUUCAUUUAGAUUGUGAGCCCUUUGGGGACAGGGAUCCAUCUUAUUUAUUUAUUAUUUCUCUGUGUAAACCACCCUGAGCCAUUUUUGGAAGAGCAGUAUAGAAAUCAAAUUAUUAUUAUUAAUAAUAAUAAUAAUAAUAAUACACUGGAACAUCUGCAAAAAAUACAAGCUACCUGUAGCCAAAAAUUGCUGGGACCAUAAAAUUGAAAAAGUUGUAGAAAAUGAAGAUGCAAAAAUAUUAUGGGACUUCCGACUACAAACAGACAAACAUCUGCCACACAAUACACCAGAUAUAACUGUAGUCGAGAAGAAAGAAAAACAAGUUAAAAUAAUUGACAUAGCAAAACCAGGGGAUGGCAGAAUAGAAGAAAAAGAAAUAGAAAAAAUCACAAAAUACAAAGCUCUACAAAUUGAAAUUGAAAGGCUGUGGCAGAAGAAGACCAAAAUAAUCCCAGCAGUAAUUGGCGCCCUAGGUGCAAUUCUAAAACACUUUGAAGAGCAGCUCAACACAAUAGGGGCCACAGAAAUCACCAUCAGCCAAUUACAAAAAGCAACAUGACUGGGAACAGCCUAUAUUCUGUGACAAUAUCUAUAAUAAUAACAGCAACAACAUUGAUAAUAAAAUUCAACCAUCCCAGGUCCUUGGGAAGGACUCGAUGUCUGGAUAAAACAAACCAGUCAAUAACAGCUGUCUAACUGUGUAAAUAAUAAUAAUAAUUGUUGUUGUUGUUGUUGUUUGUAAUCACCAUAUAAUUGCCAUGUAAUCGCCUUCUGUUGUUUGUAAUGGCCAUGACUCCACUUUCACAAAUACUAAACAAAACAGGCCUCGGAUACCAAACAUCUAAAACAUCAAGUAAAAUCAACCGUCUGCUGUACAUGGACGAUCUGAAGUUGUAUGGAAAGUCCCAGUCAAAAAUUGAAUCACUGCUAAACACUGUCCGUAUAUUCAGUAGCAAUAUAGCAAUGGAGUUUGGACUAGACAAGUGUGCUGCAUUAAUAAUGAACAGAGGGAAAAUAACAAAAACAGAAGGAAUAGAACUGCCCAAUGGAAGCAAGAUCAAGAACCUGGAAGAGAAAGAACAUUACAAAUACUUGGGCAUUCUCCAGGCUGAUAACAUUGCACACACUGAAGUUAAAAGAAAAAUUGGAAGUGAAUACAUCAGGAGAGUUAGAAAAAUCCUCAAGUCCAAACUCAAUGGCGGGAACUCCAUACAAGCCAUAAACACCUGGGCUAUACCUGUUAUCAGAUACAGUGCAGGAAUAAUAGACUGGACCCAGGCAGAGCUAGAGACGCUAGAUCGUAAGACCAGGAAAAUCAUGACCACAAAUCAUGCUCUGCACCCCCGCAGUGAUGUAGAUAGGCUAUACCUCCCUCACAGCUCAGGUGGAAGAGGAAUGUUGCAAGUCCAUCAAACAGUAGAUGAGGAGAAAAGAGGCCUUGGAGAAUAUAUUAGAGACAGUGAAGAAGAUGCACUUCAAAUGGUCAAUAACAAGAAACUAUUCAACACCAAUGAAACAAAGCAGGCCUACAAGAAAGAACAAUUCAAGAACCGAGCAGAAAAAUGGAGAAAUAAGCCACUGCAUGGUCAAUAUUUGCAUAAUAUAAGUGGAAAAUCAGACAUCACCAAGACCUGGCAAUGGCUUAAGAAUGGCAACUUGAAGAAAGAAACAGAGGGUUUAAUACUGGCUGCAAAAGAACAGGCACUAAGAACAAAUGCAAUAAGAGCGAAGGUCGAAAAAUCUACAACAAACAGCAAGUGCCGCCUUUGUAAAGAAGCAGAUGAAACAGUGGACCACCUAAUCAGCUGUUGUAAAAAGAUCGCACAGACUGACUACAAACAAAGGCAUGACAAGGUAGCAGGGAUGAUACACUGGAACAUCUGCAAAAAAUACAAGCUACCUGUAGCCAAAAAUUGGUGGGACUAUAAAAUUGAAAAAGUUGAAGAGAAUGAAGAUGUAAAAAUAUUAUGGGACUUCCGACUACAAACAGACAAACAUCUUCCACACAAUACACCAGAUAUAACUGUAGUCGAGAAGAAAGAAAAACAGUUAAAAUAAUCGACAUAGCAAUACCAGGGGAUAGCAGAAUAGAAGAAAGAGAAAGAGAAAAAAAUCACCAAAUACAAAGAUCUACAAAUUGAAAUUGAAAGGCUGUGGCAAAAAAAGACCAAAAUAAUCCCAGUUGUAAUUGGCGCCCUGGGUGCAGUUCCAAAAGACCUUGAAAAGCACCUCAACACCACCGGGGCCACAGAAAUCACCAUCAGCCAGUUACAAAAAACAGCUUUACUGGGAACAGCCUAUAUUCUGCGACAAUAUCUAUAACAACAGCAACAACAUUGAUGAUAAAAUUCAGCCAUCCCAGGUCCUUGGGAAGGACUCGAUGUCUGGAUAAAACAAACCAGUCAAUAACACCUGUCUGACUGUGUAAACAAGAAAUAAUAAUAAUAUAUUAUAAUAUAAUAUAAGGCCUGUUAAAAAGGAGGCCAUUCAGGUGGUGGUGGUAGUGAUUGUUGCCUUGGAUUUAUCAGUGGGUCCAUUACAGGUAGUGUUACAACAAAUAGUUACAAUCUUAGCUGAUUUUUCUGAUUUCAUUCUGAAAACAAUGACAAUAUUAAUGACAAUGACAAUAAUAAUGACACAUUACAGGACAUGCAGUCUAGGUUCUGUGUAAACAAAGUAGGAGGGAACAAGCUGGCUCCAGACAAGAAUAUAAACAUUGAUUCUCAUUGUGAAUCAUCAUUAUCCACAUAUCUCUGUCUUGGUGUAGCACAAAUUUCUGCUGCCUGUGCUACAAGUUAUAGGCUUUGCCUUCUGUAUCAUUGUGGUGUGUUGACAUCACAGUGCCCUGCUAGCAUAGCAGGCCUCAUGUUUUGACUCACACUUUGAGAACCCAAAGACUAAAGGAGAGGAGCAUAAAGAGAUACUCAGUCAUUUUUCCUUGCACAAUGGAGAAAAGGUCUCUCUCACCCACUCAAGUGACAUGAACAGCUCAUACUGAAGAAUUCUAUAAACUUAUAGAUUUACUACACGAUAUGGCCAGAGGAUUUCUUCAGUGGUUAUUUAGUCUAGGCAGAAUUAAUUAAACCCAUAUAAUCCCUGCCAGAUGUUUAUUCACUGUCCUCUAAACCACUUCUGACAGGUUUUAAUUUUAAUACAUUUCCAAUUACAGGAUUUCCCCUCCUCCUUAAUACAUCUGCACAUCCAAACCUGUGUUGAAAAAAGCUUUUCAUUCUGGUUAACCUAAAUCUUCCUUUCUGUAAAUUCAGCAUCUUGCUUCUGGUCUUACCUUCCGUUGCCAUGGUGAACAAUUUAUCAGUGACUCCCUUUAUAACAACCUUUUAAAUAGUGGGAUAUGGUUAUGCCUCCCUUCUCAUAGAUUUUGCUCCCUGAGACUUAGUGUGACAAGUUCUUUCAACUAUUUCCCAAACAAUUUCCUUCCUAAACAAUUUAUUUCAUUGAAUUCUUAUGAAAUUUCACCAGGUUACUUACAUUUUUAAGUCUAUGCCAAAUAGAAAAGAAUACUUCAGAUGGGGCAUGACUUCUGCUGAGUAAUGGCUACUUCUCAUAUUACAGAUUAAGGUGAUAGUUUAUGGCUUUCUCGUGGGUAUACCAAGAAUGAAGCAUACUGUAUGCCUUUAAA